UGGCGAAAUCGUUUGCGCAUGUGUAACGCUGUCAAUGCUGUGCAAAUAUGGUGCUCUUCAUUAUAAAUAUUGAACUGAAGAUAUUUACGUUUGUUCACUUAUAAGAUAUGAACACCAGAUUCUUCCUGUCUUCUUAAGUAAUGGAAAGUGUACGCUGGGCAUUUAGGUGUGGCAGUUGGUCGCCAAGUUGCUCUGAAUGGCUUUUAGCGGCGCGAUGUGUGCAGCGUGAAGAGAAAGACAGGAUUGGACAGUUUGUCUUUGCCAAGGAUUCCAAGUCAGCUAUGGCUGGUCGUUUGCUGAUUAGAAAAUUGAUUACUGAAAAAAUGAACAUACCAUGGAAUGAAAUACAUUUAGAAAGGACUCCUAAAGGAAAACCAGUUCUUGCAAAACCAGUUCUUCACAACAUCUCUCAGAAAUACAACUUUAACAUAUCACACCAAGGGGACUAUGUUGUUCUUGCUGCAGAACCAGGGUUGCAAGUGGGGGUUGAUGUUAUGAAGACAAGCAGGCCAGGUAGCAGUACCACAGUGGAUUUUUUUAAGAUCAUGAAGAGACAGUUUACAGAUCAUGAAUGGAAAGUUAUUAAAAGUGCAGGCAGUGAAUUAAAGCAGCUGGAAAUGUUUUAUCGACAUUGGACUUUAAAAGAAAGCUUCAUUAAAGCCAUUGGAACAGGUGUGGGCUUUAACCUACAGAGGAUUGAAUUCCAUUUGUCCACAAAACAAAUGAAUGUUGAAGAGGAGAAAAAGGAUACAAAACUGCUUCUGGAUGGUGAACAGGAAGACAAUUGGGUUUUUGAGGAGUGUAUGCUGGAUAGUAACCAUCAUGUUGCAGUUGCACUGGGAAUGCAAGAUAAAGUAAAUCAAGAAUCUUGUUCAGCAUUUUCAGAUCCUAAUCCUGCACGAUUCAUUACAUUGAAUUUCAAUGACCUUGUGACAUCUGCCAUUCCACUCACUGAAGAAGAUUAUGAAUACUGGGAACAUUUUCAAAAAAAGGCUGAAUCACCCUCACGUCAGCAUACUUUAGUAAGAGAUUAAUGUUUCUGGUUGCAGUGGUUUGUAAGAAUGAAGUCUCCCUAAACUAAAAUGCAUAUUUGUCAUAGACAGAAUAAAAGAAUAUUUAAUUAUUACAGUCCAAGCAAUAAUAUACAAAUCAUUUAAUCUUUUCGCUGGCAUUGCAGGUAUGUUGUUUUUUUUAAUUUUGGUAUAAUAUGGUAAUAAAUAAAUGUAAAUUUGUAAUAGUAAGACAGACCUUUGGUGUGUAUGUAUAUAUUUUCAGGAUUAAAGACAAUAAGUAAUUUUAAUUGUGCAUUAAGAAUAUCAUUGUGAUACUUAGAAAUAUUAAUAUCAGUAUAUUUUAGCAAAGAACAAUGUUGUGAUGCAUUAUUCAUUUUUAUAAAUUCAUUUAUGUUGCUCUUAUUAAUUAUUUGGUUUAGCAUUGAUCAAGAAAUAUAAAUCCUACACCUGGUGGAUAAAAUUGCAUUUUUACUUGAUUUGUUUUGGGAAAAUAUUAAGUAAUUAAAGCUAUUUAAUAAAACUUGAA